GCGGCUCACUACUUGCGUAGCGUACAAGUCUGUGGGGCCGCGUGCAGCCGCUCCGUCCUGAUCGCUGGUGCUGUUGGUGCCUUUCCGUGCAGGUGCUCCUCAGGACUAUAAGUUGCUCUUCACCCCAGAACUGCGCGUCCCCACGGCACUGUGAACUUGACACAACAUUUGUUAAACGACACUGUUUGCAUCAAGCACUGAAAUGCAGUGAAUGACUGAGAUAAAAAAAAAAAAAAACGUUUCUACUUAAGAGUUUUCUGAAAAAAAUUUUUGUGGUGUGCACGAAAGACUUACAAAAUGCCGAAGAUUUUCUUAAUUAAGGACCGGCUGCAGCAGCAGCAGGCCAAGCUCCUGGAGGCGCAGAAGGCAGGAGUAACCCUGGACGAUGAGCGCGGUCGUCAUGCGGACCUCAACACCUCUUCCUUCACAAGCACGCCCCCAACACUGGACCUGCGGAGCAGCAGUUCCUCCCCGAGGGAGACGCUCAUGGACACGUCUCUCUCCACCAUCGACCUCAGGAAAGAUAAGUCAACAGUCCCGGAGAAGGACGAGCGCCUCGAUCUCGCUCGUCUCGACUUGUCGAGAGACAGUCUCAGUCUGUCCAGAGAGAGCCACCCCGAGAUGUCAAGGGACAGUCGCCUCAGCCUGCCGAGGGAGAGCCGUCGCACCCUACCUAGGGACGUCUGUCUGGACCUGCCCAUCGAGAGCCGCCUCAACCUGUCAAGAGACAACCGCCUCGAUCUGUCAGUAGACAGCCGGCUAAAUCUGUCAAGAGACAACCACCUGAAUCGCUCCCUAAGCAGCCGCCUCAGCCUGCCCAGGGACAGCCGCCUCGACCUGUCACGGGACAGUCGGCUGGAGGUGACCCGGGAGGAUCCGCUUGACCUGGAGAGGGAGAGCUCGCUGGAUUUACGUCUCGGUGAGCGAGGCAUGGAUCGCGCCAGCAGUCCGGGCCGCCGCCCCCCGCGCUACUCUCCACCGCGCCUGCUGGACGACCACUCCCUGGACCAGCCACUUUCCCUCACCGUCAGAGACAGAGAUGAUGACGGCAGCUACUGGCGGGAUGACGCCCGCGCCUGCAGCCCUUCUACCCUGGACGCCCCAGUGGACCGCCCACGACGCGCCCUGCCGCCCAUCAGCCGCAUGCUGCCCAGGGGUACGCUGCUCCUUCGCUCCCACUCGCCGGCACUGCCCCCAGCCGAUGCCCUCCUGCCCCCUCAAGACGUGCCGCUGGACUGCCACGUGCCCCGCCGCGCCGCUUCGCCGCGACUUCCACCCUUCUCUGACGUGAGGCGCCACCAGCGGGCUCCCUCCCCCAUGGACUACGACCACCGUCCGUUCCGGUACCAUGAGAGCCCCGUCUUGCCCUACGACCUAACCACCCGUCGCGCCCGCUCUCCCCGCAGCAUGUCCCCGCACUCCCUCCCGCCGGUGAUGGCCUCUAUGCACCUCACGCAGGCCACCAGCGCCGAGGACGGGGGUGGCCAAGGGAACGGCAGCGGCGCCCCUCCGAGUCAGCACGGCAGCGGCUCUAGCGGCGGCUACGUGGACGCCUCCCAGACUUCUCUCUCCUUCUUCGGCUCACUGGGCAUUGGUGGAGACAAAGGCGGUCUGGGCGGUGCUGACGGAGGGGGAGGAGGAGGACAAGCCCCUAGCGGAGGUCUCCCGAGCGUGGAGAGCACGUCCCUGCCCCCACCGAUCCCCCUGCCCGUCGAGCCCCACGUGUAUUCCCUCCCCGAGCACUGCCGCAGCAUCCCCACCUCUGCCAGUGACACUUCUCAGGCAUUCCCAGCUCCGGCACACUUCAGGGAAAGACACAUCCACUUACAACACCAACACCAUCUACACUCACAUCACCAGCAGCAACAGCAACAACAGCAGCAGCAUCAACAGCAGCACCAGCAGCAACAGCAACAACAGCAGCAUCAACAGACACUUCUACAGCCGCAGCAGAUCCAGUCACAAGCACCUCAGUCGCAGUACACGGUGACUCCUCCGUCCCCUUCGCCUCUCCCAGUCUCUCCUCCCCUGAGUUGCGCCCCCUCACCCCUCACCUGCAGCACCACCGUCCUUAGAUCUCCACCUGAGGCGCAGACCUUCGAGCCUCCAUCACAGACACAGGUUCCUCUGGUGUCGUCAACGGACCUCCAGAGCGGGUGGUCAGAUCGCUCCCCCAUGUCCCCGCAGUACAUGCAGACGUCUUACCCAAGCCGUCCCUCCCCGGGCAGCACCUCCCUUCUGGACGCCUCCUCCCCGCCUCUCCACGACCUCCAGCAGAGGCUUGGCCUCCCAGAAGACACACCGCUUGAGUUCGUCAACGGAGGCCACGGCAUCAAGAAUCCCCUAGCCCCCACCACUGACACGCAGCGCCCCGAGGCCUCAGAGAAGAUGCAGCAGCCACAGCCAGUUGUGAUGGAUGAUGACACAAGCAGCAAGUUCGUGUGUCGCGUGUGCUCUAAAACGUUCAGCCUGCAGCGACUCCUCAACCGCCAUAUGAAGUGCCACUCGGACGUCAAGCGUUACCUGUGCACUUUCUGCGGCAAAGGCUUCAAUGACACCUUUGACCUUAAGCGCCACACCCGCACCCACACAGGUGUGCGUCCGUACAAGUGUAACCUGUGCGAGAAGUCCUUCACGCAGCGCUGCUCCCUCGAGUCGCAUUGCCUCAAGGUGCACGGCGUCCAGCACAGCUACGCCUACAAGGAGCGCCGCUCGAAGGUGUACGUGUGCGAGGAGUGCGGCCACACCACGGGAGAGCCGGAGUGCCACUACAUGCACCUCAAGGACAACCACCCCUACAGCCCUGCUCUCCUCAAGUUCUACGACAAGAGGCAUUUCAAGUUCAAUAACUCCAACUUCACAAACGUCCUCCUCAUGAGUCAAACGUAGAGGAACAGCUGUCCUGACUUGCUGCCAGUUUCCUCAUCCAUAACAGCAAUGGCUUUUGUUGGUUAGGCCUCUGCUUCUGCCUUUACAAGCGUCACGCUGGUGGCCGCUGCUCCCUCAGCUAGUGACUUGAUGCAGGGCAGACCGUAUGCCCCUGGCCAGGAGAGAACCCAGAGAGGCCGCACUCACGCAAGGAGGCCACACACACUUUGGCCAGUCCUGCCACAUACAUAACUAAACACGCGUUCCUCGCCGGCUCGGGACAUAAACAUAUCUUCGUGCUUUUUCAACAGAAACAUGCAAGGCAUUAUAAGUUUAAUAAGUUAUAUGUAAAACUAUAGGAAAAGUUUAGCUUAGGAGUCUAUUAUGUUAAGUGUUAGCAUUGUGCUUUAUCAGUGGCGAGAUGAGACUGUGGACAGCUUGGUGCAGCAGGCGAGGAGUGAGGCGACGGCGGGUUCAGUGAGCCGUUUGCGGUGCACAGUUGAUUAAUGAAUGUUGCAAUAUAGGUGUUAAGAUGUUGCUAAACCAAUGAUUUUUACGUUUAGUACUUAGACUACAGCGUGAAUGUUUAGUUGUUGAGUUCUAGGUGUUGACGCUGUUCAUUCUUUACAAGAAAACUUGUUAGCAUUCACACACAAAAAAAAAAAUCAUUCAGUUUGGUGUAGAGGUUUAUGAUGAUCUCCAGUGUAACAUGAGGGCAUUAAAUACGAUUGGUGCUCCAAGCCGUAAGUGAUACGUCUUUUUAUGUUUACAUAACAUACCAACCAAUGAUAUUUACCUCAGAGCCGAGACCUGCCGCCCACCCGUGGCAUUUGGAACCCGCAGUGCGUUGUCGCUCUGUUCUGUUGUUGGUUCCAGAAAAAGACCUGUCGCUGGCAAGCGAGACCAGGUCUGGAUAACUUUUUUUAAGGUUGUGCAGCAUGGAGGCAUCAGUGGGCACCCACAUGCUCCUCCAUGCGUGGUCGGCGGACUCGCGGCGCUCUUGUGGUAUCUGCCGGUGAAGUACAAGGGUCUGGAGGGUGUACAUAGCUGUAUAUAGGACGUUACUUUAAUUUUAUAUUUUUAUAAUCCUGCCGGGACUUUCACACUCGUAAAUGACAAACACAUGGACGGGGCCACGCACCCUCAGGCCCCCGCUGUGCGCUACACUCACUGCAUCAUUCCUUUCUGAAAUUUUCUGAUGAUUCUGGACACAGGAUGACAUUUAAGACUUCACUCUGCCUGGAUUUGUUUCGUAGUGUCAGCUGCUGGAUAACCCAAGGGACGACAGCUGCCUACGUUUUGCAAGCACAUCUUUGUCAGACCGUCAUUCUUCAGCUUUUGAGGGAGUGAAAUACAUCAAUGGGAACUAUAGUUCGUAGGAUCGUGAUCUUGUGAUGAUAUAUGUUAGUGCAACUCAGCACGCUGACUGACGCCCACCCGCGGCACACGCCUGCACGGCGCCCGCCCGCUCACUCUCACCUUUUGAGUUUACGGUGCCAUAUGAACCUGAUGUUACGGCACCGACUUCUAAUUAGUCAAGCAGUCAAUCUUUAAUCAUCGAUGUCUGAAGCAAAAUCUAAGACACAAGUCUCUAACAUUCAUGGCUUUAAGUGGAACACUGGAAACAUUUGUCUGUGCUGGAGUGCGGGCGGUGCUGUUCGGUCCCGGAGGUGGCGCGGGAGUCACACUGCUUCACUACUAUACACGGGAGUCCUGGCGCGGCGCGGCAUUGAGCGGCCGAGGCAGACAGCACUGUAGCCUUGGGGUCCUUCUUGCAUGGCACUAGCGGCUGUCAGUCAUUUCUCAAGGUGAGCUUCUCGUGUCAUUUUCGCCUCUACGGGUUGCAGUUAUGUUGUUAGAAUCUUUAACCCUAUUUAUGGCCACGGUCGUGAUCCACACCCUCGGGUCUCUUGUUGAUUUCAGUCAUAUAAUAUAUAUUUUUUAGAUUUUUUGUCUUUUGUGUCUGUUUACGUAUAUUCUCUAUUUUCUCUGUAUAUAAUUUAUAUUAAGAUAAUAAAAUAUUUGGAAUCUAA